AAUAUGAUCACGAUGAUACGCGGUCUUCGACCUCCAUUGCUAGUACACCGCCUCGCCAUACUAUUAACUCUCCCCCCCCAGACCCACAUAUCACCGAUCGUGACCCCCGUAGGCAUUCACCAUCUUGCAGAGCUGCAUCACCUCCCCAGUCCGUAGCACGAUCUAGAGCGUCCUCGAUAUCUUCUGAAGCCCCCCUUAAAAGAUUAAAGUCGAGAUCUUCAUCCCGAUCAUCUGCUUCUUCUCGACCUGAUAAAUCUAUUAUGUCCGUGCAUAAUGGUCCUAAGGACAUUGUGUCACCGAAAUCAAAUCGAGAGAGUACAAUUCAACAAGUACCCACGCAUGUGUUGUCGCGAGAUCCUGAUCGACUUGGUUCUACAUCGAACACUCUUGCUGGAAAGGGUUCUACACACCCUAAGCCUCUACCCCACGAGUUGCCGCACGUGGACGCCAAACCGGUCCAUCCUGUGGUGAACGGUGAGCUUAAUGGUCCGCCUUUGGCAUCGAUUUUCCCGCGUUCUCCACCAAGUUUAUUGUCAGGAGAAGAUAUUGAGAUGUCUCCUCCUGGACUCAUAUCAUCUCAUGCUCUCCCUGGUGACGUGGAAUUUGCCUUCUUGGGAGAUUCUGCUGGUAAAGGGACUGAAAUGCAAACCAACCAAACCUCCCUUCUUUCUGAUGACAUUAGUCCUGCUACGCCCAGUCUUGCUUUGAAAUCUGUGGGGGCGGUCGUCAAUGACUCACCAGCGUCCGCGACCGCGACCACGGCUCCUUUACCAGAAUCAAGAAUACCGGAGAAAGAUAUUGAUGUCGGCUCCUCGCGAACAUUAACAGGAAACACUCCCUUUCUUAAGUCUGUUCCACAAGUCACUGCCACCGAAUCGGUCGGUAGUCCGUCUCAUAUCGAGGCAGGAGAGCAGCCUUUGACUCCUGCACUUGACGUAGAACAACCCGCAACCUGGUUUUAUGGUCGUCCGUCUUAUUCAGACUCGACCGCAAAAGCCCUCCGUUUUGUAGUCUUAACGAGGCUUCAAUGUGAUCGUCAGACGCGCGAUGAGCGUGUUGUUCCGGUUCUUAGGGCCAAUCGGGCGAUCCGCGAGCCUUCUCUGCCUUCACCCAUUGACGCGCAAGACAAGCUUUUUGAGGAAUUUGCAGCUGAUCAGCCCCGUCAGGAAAGAAUGGCGUUACAUUCUCAGUCUAUUAGAUCGUCCUUAUCAGGACACUUCCUGGAGCGAGAAACAACCCUUCGGGAAAAACAGCAAAAGCUGAGAGAAGAAUAUCUUGAGCUACAUCAGCAAUGGAUAGCGCAAUGUGCCCGGCUCGAUAACGUGUCAAAAGGUGGUCUACCUGAGGAAUCCAUGCCAGCUUCUGCAGGCGGCAGGUCCACCAGACGAUCAGCUGCUGUUUUGGGUGAUGCUGUUCGCUCUGAUCUUGAGAUGGAGCAAAUCAUCGCGAAUCUUGGGAUGGAGGAGCUGACGGAUCCAAGCUACUUGGCGAUCAAGAACGUUGCAAAGAUACCGGAUAUGGUUUCUGUCGUUGAUGGCCGUGGUCCAUAUUCUUACGACGACACGAACAAUCUCUUGGACGAUCCUGCGGAAUUCUACAGCUCGUCCUCGGCUCUUGACCUCUGGACAGAAGAGGAGCGCAUUGUCUUCAAGGAGAGAUACGCUGCGCAUCCGAAACAAUUCGGGCUUAUUGCUCAACAUCUACCCAAUAAGACUGCCGCCCAGUGUGUCACGUACUACUACCUGCACAAGCCGCACGUCGACUUCCGCAAGGCUAUUGCACAGUAUGGUGCAGGUCGGCGCCGAAGGAACGGCAGGGGGGCUAAUAAGCAGAAAGGCAACGCGCUGCUUGCGGAUAUUCGCCGCCAUGAUGAUGAGGUAUUGGCUGCCCACCCCACCUCCUCGGCUGUACCCAGCAAGCGCAGGAGGGCUGCUAUGCUGCGAUCCAAUGUUGAACCCAGGAGAAACCAGUCCCGCAGGAGUACCGUCCAGCCUGAUCAGACCCCCACUUCUUCCGGGACAACGCCAGAUCCUGAAGCGGAUGAGCAGAAGCGCCGGCGGCGCUCCACCGCAGUUGCACGUUCGUCGGGUCUUGCUCAAGAAGAGGUUGAACCUACUGAACCAGGCGCUGAGGUUCCACCUCCAAAGCAAACCAGAAGACCCCGGAAGCCAAGAGCACGCGCAGUCCCCACCCCGUCAGAGGAAGCCACCCCCGCUCCUGAACUUCCAGAUUAUUGCAAGUCGUCGUCGAUGCCAAUAUCAUGGUCCAAAGAGGACAAAAGUCAGACCUCUCCCGCACAGCCUCUGAAAUCGGCUUGCUGAUCUCAGUCCAGGUUUGUUCCUUGAGCUUCUAUCUCAACAUGGUGAUAAUGUGCACCGCGUCGCUGCCUCCAUUCCCCACAAGGUCUGUGGUGAUUUGGUAGCAGACUGUGGCGCCGCUUAGCUUGUCACAUGAAUGAAUUGGCAUCUGUUUCCGUUGGAGAUUCGACACUUUAAUUAUCUAAUUCAGUAGUUAUACUGCAGGUCCUUUCAGGCGACUGUCUGAUACGUAUAUCCUCAGCUUGUAUCUCACUCACGUAUGGUAGUUGUAUAAUUCGUUAAUUGUAGACUCAGGCCAAACGAGUGCAUAGUGUGCGGAAGAUACCCUGGGCGUCGAGUCAUCUACGACCC